AUGGAAGAAGACGAUCAUAAGCCGAGAGGAGGAGGAGGAGAUUCGACGGGGAAGGCAAUGGCUUCGAAGUCGAAAGAGAAAGUGAUUCCUCAUUACCUCAGAGCAUCUACUGGUUCAUGUCAUGAUAUCUGCAAGUAUGGGAAGAAACAUGAACCUGUGGAGAAACCAUGGCGUUCGACUACUAAAAAGAUCUUCAAGAAAGGUUCUGAUGUUGUUGAUUUGAAUGAAUCUAAAACGAAGAAGGUGACUGAAGUUAAGAAGAAAAAGGUUGCUGAUGAUUCUUCUUCUGAGAUGAUCAAAAGAGAGGUUGGGAGUGGUGGGAUGAAGAAGCCAGAGGCAUUCAUGAUACCAUCUGCUGAUGACACUCCUGUGAAGAAGAAAGUGUCAUCAUCAUUAACUUCCAAACCUAAACCUUCACCAGAUUCGCUAUCUCGUAGUGUUGAUGCCCUGAAGCCGAAGGUCUUGACGAAGUCUUAUUCGGCAUUAACAACGUUGAAAUCUAAAGUAAACAACGAGCGAGUUGGUUCUUCUUCACCAGUUUUGAAGCCUACAAUGGGAUUAAGAAUUGGAGGAAAAGACGAAGAUGUGAAGAUGAAGAAGGCUACAGUUUCCUCCAGAGUUGCUUCAAGGAAAGUUCCGGUGACUCCAAGAUCUUCACUUUCUCCAAGAUUGUCUGCAAGAUUAGCUGGAAGUUCAAGUUUGAGGAAGAGCCAGAGCUUAAAGGCUGCAUCUUCCUCUAUUUCUCGACCAAAUCAGAAACUGAGGAAUGUGAAGCGCACUGAUGAGUCUAAGAAGCAGUUAGAUGGUUAUCCAGUUGAGGAGAAAACACUGCACGUUGUGGAAAUGGAAACGACCAGCAAAGUCGUCUCUGAACAUGAUCAGAAUCAGCAGCCUGUUGUUGUGCCUUUCCCUCCUCUUUCACCGACUGAAUCAACUCAAAAAGACGAUGAGUGUACUGUUUCAGAACAAGCAGAGGAUUAUGAAUACACUUCAGGAAGCAACGAAGCUGAGAGCGAGGAAGAAGAGACUGGAAAGUCCAAUGGAGAGAGGAAACCAAGAGGGAGAAAAGAAGGGGAGUCUCCAGAAGAAGAAGCUGCUCGGAAAUUGAGAUUCAGAAGAGGAAGAGUUGUGGAUGCUGAGACUGUUGGUGAGAGUGCAAGGAAGCUCAAGUUUAGAAAAGGAAAGGGUCUCGGGGAAGACAAAGCGCAAGACGCGCAAGUAAGGAGAAGCUUUAAGAAGAGGGAAGAUGUCAAAGAGGAAGAAGGUGAUGAUGAUGGUGAGAAAGUUGUGUUGAGGCAUCAAGAUGUUCAGGAGAAAGAUGCGCAGGGACUGUUGAACAAUGUCAUUGAAGAAACAGCUAGUAAACUUGUGGAAGCUCGAAAAUCCAAAGUUAAAGCUUUGGUUGGUGCUUUCGAAACAGUCAUCUCUCUUCAAGAAUCUUGA